CUCAGUCUUCAAGGAGUCAAUAUAUCACGCACUACAGUCUGGAGAGUAUUAAGAGAAGCAGGAUACAGAAAGACCAAGCCGACGAGGAAGCCUGGACUGACACAGGAGAUGAGGAGUGCUCGUCUUAAGUGGGCGCUUGAUCAUAAGGACUGGACAUUAGAAGACUGGAAGAAUGUCAUCUGGACAGACGAGACGUCUGUUCCUGGCAGGAAGCCUCAAUGGAGAUGGACAGAGCAGACAGGCAAGCUAGUGCGUUCGUCCAAAGGCGGUAUAGACUGGUGGAGAUAUCAGAGCUGCGUUCUGAUCCCAAAGCUGAUUCCUUUCGCCAAAGAGUGCCUCCAAGAUAGGCCUCAGACCGUAGUUAUGGAGGAUAAGGCACCUGGGCACGCCCACCAGUAUCAGAACGUUGUCUAUAGUCUAUCCAACGUCGAGAGACUACUUUGGCCUGGCAACUCUCCAGACUGUAACUGUAUUGAGCCAUGCUGGUUCUACAUGAAGAGAGAGACUACAAAGAAAGGAGCUCCACAGUCAAGAACGGAGGCAACUAGAAUCUGGCUAAAUUGCUGGAGAGAUCUCCCACAAGCUAAGAUCCAAGCUUGGAUUGAGCGUAUUCUUAUACAUAUUCCAAAGAUAAUUGAGCUACAAGGUGGUAAUGAGUAUAUAGAGGGGAGA